AUGUAUACCGACGACGACUACGAGAGAUAUAUUGAAGAACUGAGAAGCAAGAGCUUUGAAGAGAUAGAUUUUGAGAUAUCGCCAAGUCGCUGGACCAGAUUAUUACCUGCCGACAAAGUUGUUCAGUCUCACAUUGAUUUAAUUAACGAGGCGAGCGACAACGCGUCAAAGGUUUUAAAAAUUGAAGAAAACAUCAAAUAUGGACCGAGUGAUAAGCAAGCCUACGACAUCGUAACAAAUGAUGGAGUAACAAAAAAAAACCCAGUAUUUGUAUUUUUUCAUGGAGGAUAUUGGCAAGCACUGAGGUCGUCAACUCGGCAGCAGUACCAUUACAUCGGACGUCCGAUUGUAUCAAAAAAUGCUACCUAUGUCAGUGUUGGAUACAAUCUUGCUCCAAACGUUUCCUUAACGGAAAUGGUUAAGCAAGCAAGCGUUGCUAUAUCUAGUAUAGUGAAAUAUUUUGUAGCUCUCGAAUGCAGCAACAUCUACCUGUGCGGGCAUUCAGCAGGAGCCCACCUGGCACUCACAUCCACAACGACAUGCGACGAUUUACCUUUCAUAAGUCAAUACAUUAAAGGUUUUGUUCUACUAUCGGGUAUUUUCGACGCCAGACCUGUUUACGAAUCCUCUGAAAACAAGAUCCUUCACAUGACAAGAGAAGAGAGUUGCGAGAUAAGUCCGCUGGUAAGUGAGAAACACAUUAAAAAUCUGGCAGCCUACUUGAAGCAUGCAGCAUAUUUCAUCGUUGCUGCUGAACAAGAUCCUCCACUCUUCAAAAGAGAAUCGUUAGAGCUCUACAGGAUUUUACAGAAAGAGAAAUUUGAACGAAUUGAGUUUUCAAUUGCAGAGGGCAUGGACCACUUUAAUUUGGUGGAGCGACUUAUUGAACCAGAAUAUUUUGUGACAAAGAAAAUUCUCAAAACAAUGGGUCUGGAAAAAGAUGAGUAA